AUGGUUUCAAAACGUAAGGCAGAGCAACACAAUGUCGACUCUUUGACAUCUGAAGAUGCACAUGAAAAUAAAAAAAUGAAAUUAGAUGAUAAACCGACAGAAGAUACAGAUACGGCAAACAAAAAUGGAGAUUAUAAUGAAGAAGAUGAGAACAAAACUCAAGGCGAAAAUUCCGGCGAGGUAGAUGAAAAUGCAGACGAUAAUGACAUGGAGGAAACAGAGAAUGAUAAAGUACCCGAAACAGAGAUCAUAGAUGAUAGCGAUCGUGGAAUUGUUAAGUUCGAGUUUGAUAAUGUUGAAUACAAGUUCAAGGAAAGAGCCAGUGUUAUUGAAGAAAAUGAGGGUAAAAUAGAGUUCAGAGUUGUUAAUAAUGAUAAUACGAAAGAAAACUUAAUGGUUCUGACGGGUUUAAAGAAUAUUUUCCAGAAACAACUACCGAAAAUGCCUAAAGAAUAUAUAGCCAGAUUAGUCUACGAUCGAAGUCAUCUUUCUAUGGCAGUUAUCCGAAAGCCAUUGACAGUUGUUGGUGGAAUUACAUAUAAACCAUUUGACAGGAGAGAAUUUGCAGAAAUUGUGUUUUGUGCAAUCAGUUCUACUGAACAAGUUCGUGGUUAUGGUGCUCAUCUAAUGAACCAUUUAAAAGAUUAUGUGAAGAACACGUCUAAUAUCAAAUAUUUUCUAACCUACGCUGAUAAUUAUGCAAUCGGUUAUUUUAAGAAACAAGGUUUUACAAAGGAAAUUACGUUAGAUAAAAAAAUAUGGAUGGGUUAUAUUAAGGAUUAUGAGGGAGGGACACUAAUGCAAUGUUCAAUGUUGCCCAGAAUACGAUAUUUAGAUGCAGCCAAGAUUCUACUAUUGCAAGAAGCAGCCUUAAGAAGAAAAGUUAGAACAAUAUCAAAAUCACAUAUAGUAAGACCAGGUCUAGAUCAGUUUCGAGAUUUAGAUAAUAUAAAGCCAAUUGACCCUAUGACGAUACCUGGAUUGAAAGAAGCUGGCUGGACGCCAGAAAUGGAUGAAUUAGCCCAAAGACCGAAGAGAGGUGCCCAUUAUGCAGUAAUGCAGAAUAUUUUAACUGAGCUACAAAAUCAUGCUGCAGCUUGGCCCUUUUUACAGCCUGUCAACAGAGAAGAGGUUCCUGACUACUACGAUUUCAUCAAGGAACCAAUGGAUUUGAGUACAAUGGAAAUCAAAUUAGAGAAUAAUAAAUAUCAAAAAAUGGAGGAAUUUAUACGCGACGUUAAGCUAAUUUGUAGCAAUUGUAGGCUAUACAAUGGUGAAAACACAUCCUAUUUCAAGUAUGCCAAUAGACUAGAAAAAUUCUUCGUAGGCAAAAUGAAGGAAAUUCCAGAAUAUUCACAUUUGGUUGAUUAA